UGUUCAUAGCAAAAUGUAACACUUGUAGACAUUAGAAUUAAAUAUAACAAUCAUUACAUUUAGAAAAUAUAAAAAUGAACUUUUAUAAAAAAAAAAUUACCAUCAAUAUUGUGUCUAGUUUUUUAAAUUCGAUAAUUAUUUUAAAUUAAUUGAUAAUAAAAACUGUAAUGAAAAUAUUCGAAAACAUACGUCAGAUUUUGACAUCUAUGGAUUUAUAUCUUGUCAAGACAUAAAUUGCUACAAUUAUUUAUUUAUUACCAGGUUAGUUUUGUAGGUAUCACCAUGGCACAGUCGACAGCCAGUGGAACAUCAUCACGUAGACAUAUUAAAGAUCAUGAUAUCAGUACAAAUACUCGUUUACCUCAUUAUGGAGACAGUGAAUGGGAAACUAGAGAGGCACUUAGACAAAGAGAAUUAGAGGAAGCUCGAGCUCGAGCUGCACAAAUGGAAAAAACAAUGAGAUGGUGGUCAGACUGCACAGCAAACUGGCGGGAAAAAUGGAGUAAAGUUCGCAAUGAACGUAAUAAAGCACGUGAGGAAGCUAAACUACUGCGCACAAAAUUAGAAAUAGCUGUCAAGGAUGCCAACAGUUACAAGCACGAGUCCCAAGAACUCGAGCACCAGAAUGAACAGUUACGUAAAGAAAUGGAGAAAAUUCACAUGGUAUUACUGAAACAUGCCGGACAAUUUGACAGGCAGAUAGUCAAUAUUAUCGAAUCAGAUCCACAGCUACGGAAUUCACUUGGUAUCGAUGAUUUACUAGAGCUGUACAAUAAUGUCGAUAGAUGUGACAAAACAUCACCGAGUAAUUGCCGUAAAAGUCCACGCGAUGACAGCUGUCAGGAUUCUAAAUGUGAAUCAACUGAUCGUGACAUCGAGGAGUAUGUCUUGCAAGGCGCUGUGCCAAAGCAUGCAGUCGAAUUGUACAAAGAAGGAUCAAUGAGCAGCUUAGAACGAGACAUUGCCAAGCUGAUGGAUGACAAUAACAAAAUACCAGAUAGAAUUGACCUCAAGUCAACGAUAAAUGACGACGAUGAUCCUCUGCAAGUUCAUAUGGCAAUGUUCAAUUUAGGACUUGAAGAUUCGAAAAAUAAUGAACUGUCUGGUAACCAAACUCUUGAACAAUUGAGGCUUGAAGUCAUUCAGUUACGUAGUAGGUGCGAUGAACUGCAAAAAAGUCGUGCCGAUGUUAUUAAAGAGCUCAGCGAUUUGAAAGAACAGUAUCAGAUUGAGCUGAUGGCAGCGCAAGCUGAUCUGCUUGAUGAAGCAGCCAAUCGUGAAGGUAUGGAUCAACGUCUGAAUGAACUACGCGGGGAAUUAGAAAGACUGCAAAGUGAAAAUGCCGCUGAGUGGGCGAAACGCGAGCGAUUGGAGACAGAGAAGAGUUCACUUGAGCGGGAAAAUAAACAGCUGGUUAAUGAGAUGCGUGAAAUGCAAGAUAGAGUUGACUCUAGAAGAUCACGUGGUUCGUUAUUGGAUGGAGAUACCAGGCAACUGCAACAGGAUCUACUGGACAUGAAACAUUUGAAUGCUAAAUUGAAGAAGGCUUUGAAUGAAAAAACUACCGAGUUAACUCACGCGUUGCGUAGAUCUGAACAAUAUGAGACGGAAGUUAAGAGAGUUAGGGCACGAGUUGAAGAGCUGAAAAAAGAAUUGGCUUGUGCGCAAGAUGAAGUUGAUGCUGCUACAAAUACUGUAAGAAAAUUGCAGCGUAAUAAUGAAAAUCUGAUCGAACAAUUGGAGUCUGCUAAUGUUCAGAUAGAGCAUUUCAAAAAUAGCAGUUCAGAACCUUGCGCAGCAGAUGUUGUUGCUGAAAUACUUGAUGAUAAAUUACGAGAUGAUGACAAUGAUGACUCGCCAAUUGAUUUCCGAAGUAAACGGAUUUAAAUUUGUUAAUAUAAAUAUUUAAGAUAAAUUAUUAUUUAUCAGUUAUCAUUCCACAAGCGACUAAGGAUCGUAAUAUACUUUUUUUAUUUUUUUAUAUUUAUUUCAUACGUUAACUAGAAUUUAUAUAAAUAAAUUAUAUAAUUGUAAAUAUUUUACCAAUCUUGAGAGUUUAUAAUUAAAGGUCGAGGGAAAAAUUAAGCUGAUUAUUUUUUAGAAACUAUUAUUUUAAUUGUCCUGGUGAUACUAAAUCGCGAAUGUUCAAAAAUAUGGGUCAUAGCAUAACUUCAAGACCUAAGGGCACUUUCAGACUCCUCACACUUUUUUAUAAUAUUCAAUUACUAUUCAAUUAAACUUUAGUAAUUAAUUUUAAAAAAAUUAGAGCAUUAAUUGAAAAAAAGACAACGCAGUUACAAUUUUGCCAAGGUAUAGAAUUUUUAAAAAAUUACUUACAAUUUUAUUAAAAUUUCUCAAGUAGCCCAGAGUCAACUUUAAGAAGUCUAUUAAAAGGACGAGACAAUUUUUUUUCUGUCUGAAAGUCAUCUUUUUUGGUAUGAAUACGACAUGCAAAUGUUGGUUCCAGAAACAGAGACGAGUUGUGUUGUUUUUCCUGCCUCAUGUCAAUUGAAAGAUCGUUUAGAUGACUUUUUUACCACUAUUUGUAAUCUACUUUUUGUCGUCACCUGUGUUGAGUCUUUUAAGUAGGUAUUUUUUCGGUGACAUAAAUAUCUGAUCGUUUUGUCAACAUAUUGAUGCCUUAUCGACAUGUCAAAAAGUAGCCUAAAAACUGAUAUCUUGUAGGUGUCACAAAGGCGUGUGCUACCUGGGUUGUUUUCCAAAUUUUGUCUAACUCUCAAUUGAUAUCAACUGUAAAUAAUUGUAACUGCGUUUUCUUUUUUUUAAAUUAAUGCUUUAAAUUUUUUAAAAUUAAUUAUCAAAAUUUUAAUAACGUCAUUACAAUUGAGUCAUUGAAUAUUUUUAAAAAGUGGGGGGCACUGCCUGAAAGUGGCCCUAAUUGUUACUAAUUAUAAUUAUUAUUUUUCGUAACGUAAAUCCUUGUCGCUUAAAAAAAAACGCACACGUGAUAGA